GUUUCAGUUCAUAAAUUCACAAUGACUGCCGUGAGUUCCCCACUAUUAUGGCAGGGGAACAUGGGUGGUGUCACUCUUCGUCCACAACCUCGUCUGGAUGUGAAGUGGCUCAAAUCAGAUUUGCAAAGCCUCCUGCAACCUGAUAAUCUGCCAUCAUUGUACAACCAGAUGGUCAAAGAUGGAGAAGUUGCAGGACCACAUGUUGAAGGCAUUCUUAACUCUGCAGGAGUUACUGCAAGAAAAGGUGAAAGUGGACACUACUAUUGCAGUAUGCGAGUACUGACCUGCCCUUGCUGUGAUGGUAUCUGUGGACCACAGAGUGGUUGCAAUUGUGGACCCUGUCAAAAGCUUGAUCGGGAAGAGGCUGAGAGGGAACUUGAAAGUGGACAGGGGGCAUCUCCUCCUUCAUCCUCACUCCUUGACGGCUGGACAUGGGGGCCACAGCCAGAAAAAAAUGAUUUGAAGAAGUGCCUUGAUGCACUUGUAAAAGAACAGCGCCUUACAUGUUUAGAUGCAGCUUCUACUACACUUUCUGCUAGCCGUCUUCAACAACGCUUUAUGGUGGCUCAUAGAUAUCUUGUUGCACUUAAGCGGGCUAGGCCACCAGAGACAAAAUCUGGUGAGACUGUAGGCAAGAAAAAAGUUCUAACACCAAACGUGUGGGGUGAAGGAAGAAUUGGUAGAGGGGCUGGAGCAGAACGAGCAACUCUUGGAUUAGCUAGAGUGGGAUCAAGAGCUGCCCUUAAUUUUGCUUUUGCAUUUUUAAGAAGAGCAUGGCGAUCAGGGGAAGAUGCUGACCUGUGUACAGAAUUGCUGCAAGAAUCACUAGAAGCUUUAGAAACACUGCCUGAAGCAACGUUGUUUGAUGAGUCCACUGUGUCGUCAGUUUGGCUUGAUGUUGUUGAGAGAUCACAAAAAUUCCUCACAUCUGUUGUCCUCAGUCAAGUUCCUGGAGGGUCAGGUGGGGGUAGCAUGACUCGUGUGCCACUUGGAGAUCGACACAUGGCACUCUCUCUCCUGCUUCACUUGGCACUUCAGCGAGCGACAUUAUCAACUUUGUUGACCGUCAUUACUCUACUGUUGCAGCUGUGGGAUUCUGGCAGAAAUCAGGUUGACAACCGUGUUAGCAGUCAUGGGACCAGUGCUCCUCUCUUGCCUGUACUUCAUAGGUUUGGUGCCAUUCCUCUGCUGAAGUCCCAGUCAUCCUCCAGUGCUCUCCUGGAUGAAACUGCUCCAAUAGACGUUAGCCCAACGGAAUGUCUCCUUCGGUAUCUAGAAUUGCCUGAAGAUGAGGAUGUGAGUGUGGAUUUGGAACAAGCUGCAGUAAUAUUACUCUGUCAUUUAGAUCGUCUGGUAGCUCCUCACACUCCCCCACUUCAUACACCACAUGGCAGACCCACCCAGGGCCAGGAGGUAUUGUCUUGGGGCUGGCUAGCCUGGUCUGGAGUGUCCAGCCAUUCUCGGCCUCUCAACUACUGUGACUCUUUAGCUGAGUUGGGUAUCAAAUCAUUGGCGUGUGCUGAACGCUGCCUCCUUAUUCUCACACAGAAGGGUACUAUGUAUAGCUUGUACUACAACUCUGAGGCCCCAUGUCCCCAGGCUGUCCCAGGGCAACCAGAGGAGGAGAUUGUUAAGAUUGCUGCCCACCCUGAUGGGAAGCAUUACUUAGCUCUCACUGCUGGUGGCCAGGUAUACUCCUGGGGUAAUGGUGAUGGGGGACGCCUUGGGCAUGGUGAUAGUAGCUCCCGGGAAGAGCCAACUCUCAUACAAGAACUACAAGGAAAAACACUGGUGUCCAUCGCUUGUGGAUCAACCUACAGUGCAGCCAUUUCUAGCCAAGGAGAAUUGUAUACUUGGGGGCGAGGAAACUAUGGAAGACUUGGUCAUGGGUCUUCUGAUGAUCACAGCACUCCCACACUAGUCACAGCAUUAAAAGGUGAACGGGUUCUUGAUGUUGCUUGUGGUAGUGGAGAUGCUCAGACAAUUGCUGUGACAGACUCUGGUAAUGUGUAUUCUUGGGGUGAUGGAGACUAUGGCAAACUUGGACGAGGUGGAUCAGAUGGCUCCAAAGUUCCAAAACUUGUGGAUAAACUUCAGGUUAGUUUAAGUUCUUUUGUUUUAUAUGAAAUUUGAAAGGAGAGAAUAGGG